AGAACGCGCCUGCGUUCUAAACGGCUGGGUGCGUCACAUCCGUUUUUGCCUUCGGCCGGGAGGAGAAGAUGAUUCCCCCGGUGGAGGUUUCCCCGCUGAUCAAGUUCUGCAGAUACUCCGCACUGCUGUUGGGAAUCAUUUAUGGAGCAAGAAGAUAUGCUUAUUUGAAGCCUAUCGCUGCAGAGGAUAGGAGAAUAGAAGCAGAGGAACGAGCAAAACAGGAGGAAUUGAAAAGAAUUGCAAAAGCAUUGGAAGAAGGUAUUUUCUGUAAAUGUGUUUGAUUUUGACAACAGUCGCUAAAUGGUUGUAA